AUGAGAACCCGCGCACCGUGUAAUGGCCUCUUCGCCAUUUUCUUUGCUGCUCUACAAAACGAGUAAGGUAAGAGAUUCAAUCCGGCCAAUAUUUUCGUCUUUUGUAGUCAUCUAAUUCUGAAAUUACCCUCUUAUACUAGCAGAAAUCUUGAAAAUAUCGAACGAUUAAUUAUUUUCUUUAAGACGGCUUUUUUAGCCCGAAAAGUCACGGUAGGUUUCCAGGACUUGAUAAAACAAGACUGUCGAAACGGCGAUUGUUGAGUUUAGUGCGUUAAGUUUUAGGUCUCCCUAUUUUAACUGAAAACUUUGGUACAUGUCCUUGAAUUAGCUUAAUUAUGAGACGUUCCUGUUUCGAGUUAUUUAGUUUAACAGGCUUUAAAUCACAGCUAAACUAGCAUGAUAAUGGCAAGUCACAUGUUACAAGCUUUCAUGAUUACAAAUGUGUUUUCGGCUUGUUUUCAUUGUUUAUUUCGCCAAAGAUUACCAGAUCCUCAACUUUAAGAACUUAGGAUUUCAUUAUUUGAUGAAUGUCGUUCGCUGUCGAGAUUGUGUCCUUAUUCCCAGAAUUGUAAAUUGGAAAAUUUUGAAAAUUGUGUUCACAUCAACUCCUGAAAAUUUAGAAAGCCAUUGUUAGCCAUGUGAAUCUUAAAUAAUAUAUAUUUUUUAGCCAAGAUGGUUAUGCCAGCAAACAGACCCCGGAUCGUAAAGAAACGUAAGAAGAGGUUUAUCAGACACCAGUCUGAUAGAUUCUACAGAGUUAAGGUUGGUAACUUGAAUAAUUAUAUCAACCAGUAAGUAUUAGGUUAAUAAUAAUAAUAGUUAUUUUAGUUUCUUGUUUUCAAUGUAUUUCCCAAGAGGACAAGAGGUGAUGUUGUAGUGACAAAAUUGCAUGUUCAGGGACUUGUACAGUGUGGUUGGGAAAUCAAUUUGUCAUCACUGUCUUUUCAUUUUCUGCUUAUUUGUUUGUUUGGUUUUUUCCCCAGUGAAUAGUAACAAUGCUCACACAAAUACAUAUCUUUGGAAUAUGUCUGAGUGUUCUUCUAUCGCAUAACACCUUCCCUUUAAAAGCACCACACUGUGAACUUAAACCACUGCAUGUCUGCUGUUGGCUUAGUUAUGAGAGUGUUGGUCAUCCAAGGGAAGGAAAGUAAUUCAUUUUGUGGGUGAGGUGCAUGGAGGACCUCUUUCUUAAUGUUCUGUGGUAUGAACCUCAAUACAAAAUGCACAUAAAUUGCCUUUCAGGCAUUUAAGAAUUAAGUGUUUUGUUUCCCCCAGUGUAGGCCAUGUGAUUUUACUGUAGAGAACUGUUUCUUUGGCAUUUCAUGUUACUCACAUGCAUGUGUAUGCACAAUUUAUGAGAAGACAAAAGCCAAAUUCCCUUGGGACCAAGCACUUGGGGAAAGCAUAAUGUUCAAGCUAAAAAGGUCUAUUGGGCUGGAAAAGAGUGUCAUAAUGUUGAAUAGGUUAUGUUUUGUUAAACAGUUAUCUGAACACAAUUUUUUUUAUUUUUGUAUUAGCUUGUUGGGUAUUUGAUUUUUUGUCUUCUGGGUCAUGAAUUAUCACUUCAAAGUGAACUAAGUGGUUCAUAUUUUGUGUCAUUUUGGAUUUUUAGGGCAUGCCAGGUUGCUAGAGGAGUCUAUGAUUUCCCCACAUGCAACCGCAAUUUCAAACAAGGAGCCUUCACUUGGGCUUAAAACUUACGUUGUAUGAUUCUUAUGCCAACUUCUGGUCAACUAACGACAAAAUUCCCCACUCAUUCUGCACUUGUGAAAUGAAAACAUAAAACGUGUGUCAUCGGCUGAGGGCAAAAAGUAUUUCUGCUGAUAAAAAGUAAAUCAACAAGCACUUGUCUUGAAAUUUGUUUCUGUGACUUCCCCUUCCAGGGCUUUCCACUGCAGUGUAGUUAAAGUUUCUUGUCUGAAAAUGAUCUUGAAUGUAGUUAAUAGUCUUACAAAAAUCUUUGGUAUUAAAAUCUUGACUUUUUCCCCCAUAUUGUGCUUUUAGAAAGGUUAAAUUGCUGUUGUAUGUUUUAAAAAGUUGCGAUACAUGUAAGAGCAGGAGGUUUCAAAUUACAUUUGAGAUAUGCAAAUUUAACUUGCAUGUGGCCUGCAGUACACUUGGAGAUUUCUUUCAUCAUUUGUUCAGCAUCAUCUAUACCUUUCUAUCUUUGCUCUGUGGUAAUUUUUGAAAGGCUUGCAAAAAAACAUACAUAUAAAAGUACAUACCCUCACACAUUACGCACCAAAAUUGGAAAAGUAAACACAUUUUUGAUACUUCAAAAGGUAGACUUUAUACAAAAAUAUUGAGUCAAUUUUCCAAACUUCAAGAUAAAAACUUUGUGUUGGUCCUUUUUUAUCGCCUAAAAACUUAAACUUAACUUUGCUUGAAUUUUGCAUGCAAGUUGCUGUUGGUCAUUGCGUUUGCUGUAUGUGCGAAUGCUUACUGUUAUUUUCUUGAGAAUUAAAUUGUCUCUUGAAAUUCUCGUUGAGUGAUCAAUAUCAUAAUGGUGGCUCAAGACUCAAUUUUCACAUCUCGAACUUGAUUCAUGCGAGUUUACAGUGGUCUUCCUCGCAACUGUUUUUAUCUCAUUACACAACGCUGAAGAGCCUUGCAUGAGGAGAGAAAAAGAGCUGCAAGGGAGUUUCGAGAAGCGUGAAUGAAGUUUCCAGAACACUAUCGAUAAGGUCAUCGUGGUGAACUAAUUAAAACUAGGUUAAGUUACCUUGGCUCCAGGUUUCCGUUCUCUAAAUACAGUAAAGCAAAAAAAAGCCGCUAGCAAACCUGGGUAACGUUAAAAAUAAAAAAACAGAAAAAAAGAAGAUUGGUCCUUGAAUGUUAGCUGACCUUUGCUAUGCUACUAUUUUGUUCCCUUGGGUUGGAUGAAGAGUAAAUUUGAAGUUUUAUCGAUAAACCAGUUAGUGCACCACUUGCCGUGUGCUAGGAGAUUGACAUGUUAAUGAAGUCAUACUAUUUUUCUUUUAAUGGGCUCCUAGAAAUGAGGCUCAUGCCCCUAACUUUUUAUUUUAGGAGCCUGAAGGGGCUCCCAAAAAUUUUCUUAAGCAGCAACCUUGAUUCCAUUGAAUUCUUAGACCUAAAUAACCUAAUCUUAUUACUGUCUGUAGCCAAGCUGGCGCAAGCCCAAGGGUAUUGACAACAGAGUAAGAAGAAAGUUCAAGGGGAUGUAUAUUAUGCCCAGUAUUGGGUAUGGCAGUAACAAGAAAACAAGACAUCUCAUGCCAGAUGGAUUCAAGAAAUUUAUCGUGCACAAUGUCAAGGUAUGUUUGUGGUCCGAAUGCAUUUCUUGAAGUCACAAAUGUUUUUCAGCUGAAGUAGCUGAAUUUAUGUCAGUGGGAGAGUGAAAUACAAGAUUUGAUUUUAUCAACAACCUUAAGAUCCAGUGAUGGUGAUCACAACAAGAACGUCUAAAAAGCAAUAGGUUUAAUUGGCAAAACAGUGUUUCUGCAGGUGCAGCAUACUUUUUUGUACCUUUCCUUGCUGUCAUUGUAAAACUAUGAUGUCAAAAUGCCUGAUUUCAGAUUUAAUUUAAUGUAAACUAGCCAGGACGAAACUCUCUCUCUCUCUUUUGGAAUUUUGCCUACAUUUGAUAAAGUUAGUGAGCUGGAAUAAUGGUAAUGAAGAUUGAAUAACUGCAAAUUCAUUUUAUAAAGCUGUCUCUCCUCCUCUGUUGCCAAACUUGGAUCUUAAGGUCCCUAAUAAUUAUCUUUAUUGCUAGAAUGCUGCACCUCGAGGUGGUUUUUCCCUACUUGUUGUAAAGAUGUCAUUCGAAAAGAACCAAAUGAAGGGGUUUUCCUAUGUGUAAGAUGCACUGAUGUUUCUUUCCCACAAGCUGUUGUGUCAUCUUCUUGUUUUUGUGUGUUACUCCUCAUGAAGGUUACAGGUUCUUACACUGAGGAUGAGCCAAAUUGUAAGAUGCCACUAAUUUUCUAUGGGUAUUGUACAAGAAUUACAGGUAAUCCUUCCUUUAAAAAGCACCUCACUUUGAACUAAAACCUUGGUUACUGCAGUUAAUUGACUUUGUCAGUUUACUUGGCAAAGCCUUUCAGCUGCUCAGUUUCUAUUGGAGUAGUUAUGACAGUGGUGGUUGUCCAAAGGAAGGAUAGAAAUGCAGUGUAAAUGGGUGAGGCCAGAGAGGACCUCUUUCUUAAUGUCCAGUGUUCUUGGCUCUCAAUCCACACUGCAACAAUAUAAAUACCAUAGCCUGUGUAACAAGCACAUGGGAGUUGCACAAGUGGAGGUGAGGUCACUUUUGCAGGACUCCCUUGCAUAAUUAUGUUGUCCUCAGUACAUGUGAGUUGUGGGAAUUGCCAUUUUGCACAUGACAAGGCUACAACAAAUAAAUUGCAGUAGCAAUAUAGAUUCCUUCGGCCCAUUUCAAACGUUUGACUUUUCAUGUACUGAACCUAUUCCCUUCAGUUAGCGAUAAGUACUUAAAGAGAUUGACUUUUGAGUCAGUUGAGUUUGACAUAUGUAACUUGGGUCAACCCAUACUUAAGUUCAAGUGACCCACAUAGGAAUUUCUCUGGUGCAACUUUGUUUCAAACAUCUGCAUGUAACUUUUCAUUUCUCAAAUGUUAUGCAUAAAUUACUAUAAUCUAUUUUGACUGGUAAGCAUUGCAGACCAUUGUACAUUGUAAAAAUAAAUAUUGAGUCCGACUGAUUAAGUUUGAUGUCUGAAUGAACCAUCAAACUUCAGUGGCGGAUCCAGUUUGAGGGGCCCAGAGGCCCGAGGCCCUUCUUAUUUUUAGAACAAGCGAAAGACCGCCUCCCCCCCCCCUUCCCCCACCUUAUCUGAAGGUCUGGAUCUGCCUCUGAACUUAUAUUAUUUGGGUCGACCCAAAUAUUUAUUAAGUUCGUACGUGAGAGGUUCAACGUUUGAAGUAGUCCUUAAUCAGCCACGUUGUAUCCUGGAUUUCUGUCUUUGGUCUCAGGCAUUACACAAAAAUAAGAGAGUAAAUGUCAAAUGAGAGUAAAUGUCAAAGAUAUUGUUAUUGACAUACAUGAAUAUAUUUUUUUCUUCAGAUUGCCAUUACAAAUUCACUGCUCAUAGUUGACACUCACAAGACGUUUUGAUGAUAAUUAUUUUCCAUUUCUGUUGUUUCAGGAACUUGAAGUCCUUCUUAUGGCCAACAAGAGCUAUGCUGCAGAAAUUGCACACAAUGUUUCCAGCAAGAAAAGGAAAGAAAUUGUUGAACGUGCACAACAGCUGGCGAUCAAGAUCACUAAUGCAAAUGCAAGGCUGCGCAGUGAAGAAAAUGAGUAG